ACUUCCUGUUCAGGGCUUUCGCCUUCAACAAAGAUGGUGCUUAUGGUACAGGUUCCCUAACAGUCUGGAUUCCGGUUGCGGUUUCUUUCUUUCUUUCUUUUUUUUUUUUUAAUAUACGUGUUUGCAGACGGAGAAAUGGAGGCUAGAGACAAGCAAGUGCUUCGCUCCCUUCGCCUGGAGCUGGGUGCGGAGGUACUGGUGGAGGGACUGGUUCUUCAGUAUCUUUACCAGGAAGGGGUCCUGACAGAAAACCAUGUUCAAGAAAUCAAAGCUCAAGCCACAGGCCUCCGGAAAACAAUGCUGCUGCUGGAUAUCCUACCUUCCAGAGGUCCUAAAGCAUUUGAUGCAUUCCUAGAUUCCUUGCAGGAAUUUCCCUGGGUUAGGGAGAAGCUGGAGAAGGCAAGGGAAGAAGCCAUAAUUGAGCAGCCUGCAGAUGACCAGAUGACUGGUAUCCCCCCGCACAUCCUCAACAGCUCCCCAUCCGACCAGCAGAUCAACCAGCUGGCUCAGAGGCUGGGCCCUGAGUGGGAGCCUGUGGUGCUGUCUCUGGGCCUGUCCCAGACGGAUAUCUACCGCUGUAAGGCCAACCACCCCCACAACGUGCAGUCGCAGAUGGUGGAGGCCUUCAUCCGCUGGAGGCAGCGCUAUGGGAAGCAGGCCACCUUCCGGAGCUUGCACAGAGGCCUCCAGGCCAUGGAGGCGGACCCCUCGGUGCUCCAGCACAUGUUGGAGUGAUGGGGUCUCCCUCCAUCAACCCAUGGGGGAGUGUGUCCCCAAGUUGCGUGUGUGGAAUCCUGACUUUCUCCCAGGGCAGGUAGUUUUGGG